CAACAUUUCUUUUCUGGUUUAUGUUAUUUCCACCGUUUUCACAAUUUCCUAAAAUCUCACCCUUUCGUCUUCCACCAUGUCCAACAGGGUUUGCAAGUUCCAUGCCCGUGGGGUAUGUUUAAAAGGAGAGCAAUGUGAUUUUUCUCAUCAGAGAAAGGAUACUCCAGUUGAUGCAACUAUUUGCUCUUAUUAUCAGAAAGGGUCUUGUGCUUAUGGUAGUCGAUGCAGAUAUAAGCAUGUGAGACCUUCUGAAGCAUCAUCUUCAGCAUCUAUGGUUUCAGAUUCGGCUGUGCCUGUAUCUAACAGAUUUGGUAAAGUAUCAUCGAAUUGGGUUCCAAAGGGUACAAAAGUUCCUUCACCUGACAAGCGGGUAACAAAUUUACAACGCAAGCAUCAGGAAUUUAUCGGGAACAGUGACUUUGGUGAAUCCAGUACUGCUAGUGCUAGACCACAUGAACAAUUGUUUUGUAAAUAUGCCGCGGCCAACUGCCCCAAUAGAGAUAGAUGUACCCGUAUUCAUGGAAAUCAAUGCUUAUACUGUAGAAAAUAUUGCUUACAUCCUGUUGAUAAAAAGGAAAAAGAAAAUCAUUUGAGGACUUGUGACAAAAAGGAAAAGUACCUUCUUGCUUUGAAAAAUAGUGAAGAAAUUGAAUGCAAUGUUUGCCUGGAGCGUGUCCUUUCCAAACCAAAACCAUCUGAAUGUAAGUUUGGGUUGCUUCCAGAAUGUGAUCACGCUUUCUGUUUGUCCUGUAUCCGCAAUUGGCGUAGUAGUAGUGCUCCAACUUCUGGACUGGAAAUCAACAGUAUUAAUGCCAACACAGUUAGAACAUGCCCUGUUUGCCGCAAACUAUCAUAUUUUGUCAUUCCAAGUGGUAUUUGGUAUACUUCAAAGGAAGAAAAACAGGAAAUUAUAGAUAACUACAAGGAAAGUUGCAGAUUGAUUGAUUGCAAACAUUUUUCUGGUGGAAAUGGGAAUUGUCCAUUUGGGGCUGGUUGUUUCUACAAGCAUACAGUGAGGCCUGGCUCAUACACAUGGGUACACAACAGGCCACCACACAACAGGCCGCCGCCACCUCGUCGCAAUCAAAACAAUUUUGGUAUGAAUGAUGUGUUGGAAAUGCUCGGUGAAGUUGAUCUGUCAGGUGGAGAGUUUUAUUCCAUCAUGAGGGACAUGGAUAUUUUUGAGGGGAUGGAUCCAUUCGAGAUGAUGGCGAUAGCUGAUUCAUUGGCUGGUGGUUCGGCUCCUUGUAUGGGUCCUUUUGAUUCCAAUGAUGAGGGGGACGACGAGUUUGAUCUUUUUCAAAUGGCUGCUUUGUCAGAGGCCCUGGCUGAUGGGGUGGAUGAUUUUGGCCCUGAUGAUUUUUAUGAUGAAAUGGAUCCUAUGGAUGCGGCCUUGUUAUCAAUGAUGAUGCAUUCUCAUAUGGAAGAAGAUGACGAAGAUGAAGAAUACAGUGAUGAACAAUAUUAGAUUUUCUUUGUUCAUAUGAUUUUUUAACAGUUUUUGGAGAAGUUUCCUUUAUCACAGGAUGUCACCUAUCUUCUAGUUUGUGAUGAUGUGUUUAGUGCUCCCGUCUAUAGGCCAUAUUUUCUAGAUCAUGUGCCAUCUUGCAUUAGUACUUUCUGAGUCAUGGUACUUAAAGGAAUUUGGGCUUUAGGGGUUUUGUUUUGGAUUUUGUGACUCAUGUUGCUGGGUAGUUAUUUUGCACCAGUGAAUCCAUAAAUACAAUGAAAAGAUUGGUUGGUUUUGAGCCUAGUUAAAGUUCAGUAGUACUUGCAUUUAUCAAUUAAAUUCCAAAGUUCAGUAGUACUUGCAUUAGUACUUUCUGAGUCAUGGUACUUAAAGGAGUUUGGGCUUUAGGGGUUUUGUUUUGGAUUUUGUGACUCAUGUUGCUGGGUAGUUAUUUUGCACCAGUGAAUCCAUAAAUACAAUGAAAAGAUUGGUUGGUUUUGAGCCUAGUUAAA